GUGUGCCGGGAUAAUCGGUUAAAGACGUCCUACGGAACAGAUUUUUGACAAGUUCGUGCGUGUGUGCGUUCCAGGAGAGAAGUGCCUAGACACAAUCGAUAAUUCUCUGACUGCAAAACAGAUUUCAUCCUUCUAACCUCUGAUGGCUGGCGGUGGAGAUCCAAAAUGGCAUCAGAAAGACGCGUCGGAUCAGAACUUCGACUAUAUGUUCAAAUUGUUGAUCAUAGGCAACUCAUCGGUUGGAAAAACUAGCUUCCUCUUUCGUUACGCGGACGACAGUUUCACGUCGGCCUUUGUAUCGACUGUCGGCAUCGACUUCAAAGUGAAGACCGUUUUCCGACACGACAAAAGAGUCAAACUACAAAUAUGGGAUACAGCCGGCCAAGAGAGAUACAGGACGAUAACGACAGCGUACUAUCGUGGAGCAAUGGGUUUCAUUCUGAUGUACGACAUAACAAAUGAGGAAAGUUUCAACAGCGUGCAGGAUUGGGUAACUCAAAUAAAAACGUAUUCAUGGGACAACGCGCAAGUGAUCCUGGUUGGCAACAAAUGCGACAUGGAAGACGAACGAGUCAUUUCGUAUGAGCGCGGCAAACAGCUGGCUGAGCAGCUGAAUGUCCAAUUCUUCGAAACGUCAGCCAAGGAAAAUAUCAAUGUCAAAAACGUGUUCGAACGUCUCGUGGAUAUAAUCUGUGACAAAAUGUCCGAAAGCCUGGACUCAGACCCGACACUGGUUGCAGGUGGUAACAAGGGCACCCGCCUGCAAGAUCCUCCGCAAGGACCAACCGACACGAAUUGCAAUUGCUAAUUAGUCCCUCGACGAAAGUACGCACGCACAAAGAGUAC